AAAUCUUUGAGACACCAUGAAAUAUACCAAUUGCAAGCAUAACAUUAUGCUAGUGCUUAUUUUUCUUUUGCUCAUUUGCAAAUUUGAGUAUUGUUACUCAAAUGAUGCUGCUAGUUGCAUUGAAGGGGAACGAAUUGCUCUUCUCCAAUUCAAGGAAAGCUUAAUUGAUAUAUCAAAUCGUCUCUCUUCAUGGAGUGGUCUUAAUUGUUGUGAAUGGGAAGGAAUUUCUUGUAGUUCAACAACUGGCCAUGUCUUAAAGCUUGAUUUGCAUAAUCCAACUACACCUCCUGAUUCUAUUUACGAUACUCUGCCAUCAAACUAUACCAACAACUGCUUGGGAGGUGAGAUCAAUCAUUCUCUUAUCAACUUAACACAUUUUAAUUACCUUGAUCUAAGCUUCAACAAUUUUUCUAAGAUCCGAAUUCCUGAAUUUUUUGGAUCUUUCAAAAACUUGAAGUAUCUUAACCUCUCAAGCUCCGGUUUUGUGGGAAAUAUUCCCACUCAUCUUGGAAAUCUUUCAAGUUUAGAGUACCUAGACCUUGGAAAGGUUUUGGUUGAUGUUCCAUCUUACAAUGAUUUGGCGACAGAUAACUUGGAUUGGUUGGCUAGCCUUUCUUCCCUAAAAAGUCUUGACAUCUCUUCGGUUUCAAUUCUGCAUAGUGAAGAUUGGUUACACACAAUCAACAAGCUUGUGUCUUUAUCUUCUUUAAACUUGGUUGGUUGUAACCUAUAUACAACUAGUCCUCUUUCACAUGUUAACUCCACCUCUCUCAUCUCCCUUGAUCUCAGUGACAAUACUUUAGAUUUUGCAAUCCUUCCAUGGUUGUCUAAUCUCACAAGACUUGAGCAUUUGAAUCUACAUGACAACUCUGUUAAUUCUACCAUGCUAGAAAUCUUUGAGCCCUUAGCCUCUCUAAAGGUCCUUGAUUUAAGUGAGAAUAGAUUUACAAGUUCAGUUCCCAAUUCUCUUGAAAACUUGACUUCUUUAACCUCUCUUGAUUUAAGUUAUAAUAGGUUUGAAGGUUCAAUUCUCAAUUAUCUUGGAAACUUGACUUCUUUAACUUCCCUUGAUUUAAGCGAUAAUAAGUUUGCAGGUUCAAUUCCCAAUUCUCUUGGAAACUUGACUUCUUUAACCUAUCUUGAUUUAAGUUAUAAUAAGUUUGCAGGUUCAAUUCCCAAUUCUCUUGGAAACUUGACUUCUUUAACUUCUCUUGAUUUAAGAUAUAAUAGGUUUGAAGGUUCAAUUCUCAAUUCUCUUGUAAACUUGACUUGUUUAACCUUUCUUAGUUUAAGUAAUAAUAACUUUACAGGUUCAAUUCCAAAUUCUCUUGGAAACUUGGCUUCUCUAACCUCUCUUAGUUUAAGUGAUAAUAGCUUUACAGGUUCAAUUCCAAAUACCAUUGGUAGCCUUUGUAAAUUGCAAGUGCUUGAUUUCUCCAGGAAUAAAUUCACGGGCUUCAUUACAAUUCUUUCUGAUUGCCUCUUAGAUAGUUUGAAAGAAUUGUACUUAGAUUCUAACAAUUUCAGUGGUCAACUUCCAAAUCAGUUGUACAAGUAUAAGAAUCUGCAAUUCCUUUCUCUGUCUUCAAACUCCUUCUCCGGUCCAAUAAUUGAGUCACUUGGAAAUUUGUCAAUGUUGCAGACCCUGGAUAUUAGUAACAAUAAGUUUAAUGGUAGUGUUCCCUCUAGUCUUGGCCAACUUUCAAAUCUUGAAGAGUUACGUUUAUUUAGUAAUUCAUUCGUAGGUGUCCUCUCUGAAUUCCACUUUUCAAACCUCAGUAAUCUUCAAUCUUUGUACAUAUCUAGUAAUUUGUUUGUUUGGAAUGUAAGCUCCACCUGGGUUCCUCCUUUCCAACUCUCUAACAUAGCAAUGGAAUCCAUCAAAAUUGGUCCUCACUUUCCUCAUUGGCUUCGUACCCAAACAAAUGUUCAAUCCCUGUUUAUGUCUAAUGCCAGCAUCUCAAGUGCCGUCCCUCAUUGGUUCGAGAAAUUUUUCUGGAAUAGCUUUGCAUUAGAUCUCUCCAAAAAUCAGAUAAGUGGAAAGCUUCCCUUUAAACCACAUGUUGAAGGUGACACGCAUAUGUGGUACCUUUCUCUUUCAAACAAUCAUUUGAGUGGUGGUAUCCCCAAGUGGCUAUGUAGUUUAAAAGAUUUGCAGAUUCUUGCUCUAUCUACAAAUCAGUUAUAUGGAGAAAUACCUCCAUGCUUAGGAAAACUACAAAGCUUGAAAGUUCUUGACUUGGGGAAUAACAAUCUAAGUGGCCACAUUCCAAAUUCAUUGGGAUCUCUACAAUUGCUAUCUUCUAUGCACUUGCAGAAUAAUGAACUUGAAGGGAAACUCCCGGGAAGCAUGCAGAAUUUAACAAGCCUGAUAAUCUUGGAUUUGAGUGAAAAUAAAUUUAUGGAUGUUAUCCCUUCAUGGAUUGGGGGAAAAUUAUUGAGUUUGAAAUAUCUUGUCUUUUAUAGAAAUAAGUUCUAUGGGGAUAUUCCAUUGCAACUAUGUCAACUGCAUGAUCUCCAAUUGUUAAAUUUGGCAAAUAACAACAUAUCAGGAUACAUCCCACCGUGUUUUGGAAACUUUACUGCAAUGGUUUUUGAUGGCAACCAGACACAUAUUCAGUACAACAAAUUUUCUAUUAUAACAUAUGAAGAUAAAAUUGAUGAAGUCAUAAAAGAUUAACAUUGCAGUACACUAAAAACCUUCGAUUCCUAAGAUCUAUAGAUCUUUCAGGGAAUCAUAUUGCUGGAAAUAUCCCAGUUGAGAUGAUGAGUUUGCAUGCAUUGCAGAACUUGAAUGUUUCUAGAAAUAAUCUGAGUGGAGCAAUCCCGAAGACAAUUGGCAAUUUGAGCAAAAUUGAAUCACUUGAUUUAUCUAGAAAUGAACUCUCUGGUCCCAUUCCACCAAGCUUGUCAUCUUUGAAUUUUUUGAGCCACUUGAACUUAUCAUUCAACCAUUUAUAUGGGAGAAUACCAACAGGAAGUCAACUUCAAACCCUCAAUGAUCCAUCCAUUUACAUGGGCAACGAAGGACUUUGUGGUGACCCUCUUUCAAAGGGUUGCCCCAAUGAUGUACCAUCUUUUGUUAAUCAAUCUACAAAAACCAGUAGUGAUGAUGAUCAUGAAUUUUUCAUGUGGUUCUAUGCUGGUAUGUGGCCUGGUUUCUUAGCUGGAUUCAUUGGAGUAUUAAGCAUUCUACUUUUCGCAAGAUCUUGGAGAUAUGCGUACUUCAAAUUUUUAGAGAUGGCUUACAACAAAAUACUCGAUUAUUUUUAUUAAAGGUCAAUGCUAUUGUCAGUGAGCAAUUGUAUGUUGAAGGUAUUUGCCAUUGGUCUUUAAUGUGGAUUACUCUUGACAUGUUGGAAGGGAGUUUCUUCCUCUACCCUGAAAGGCAAAAGAGAAGCUGCUAUGUAUUCUUGGUUGUUGAUUUUGAUGUAAUUUGCAAUUGAUGUUCAUCUUAUUUAUUAUCAGUUUUUCAAUGUCAUGUUUGUUCCAUUUGGCCAGUCCCCUACCACUUAGUGUGCUAACCGUUGAGACGGAGGUUAGUCUUCUAGCUGUCGGCCGGAGGGAUACCUUGGGAACAACCCAAAAAAAUGUCAUGUUUGUUGUAUUUAUCAUACUUAAAAUUUUUAAACAAAUUCCUAUUCAAAUGUGUGUUUAAUAUCA